GUCAUAUUUGGGAAAAAAACAUAACCAUUCACUUUCGUCUGAUCGGAAAGCGCAAAGAGCCUCUCCUUUCAUCUCAACGAUGGCAGAACAAGAAGCGCCUCAACAAUUUCUGACCGAAUUGGAAGCGUUGCGUUACGAACCUUACUACUAUCAAGAGGACAACAUCUUGAAAUCUCCCUAUAUGCCUAAUCCUGCGCUUUAUAAGUACUUAAAUCUAGAUCCUCUAUUCAAACAGUUCAGGACAAAUGCAGAAUCAUUUCGUGAAAUAAACAAAAUUGCAGGCAGGGACUUGGAUAAUGUAAAAUAUUAUGACUUCCCUAUGUUGAACGAGAUAACAAAUGGGUUCAAGAGAGAGAACUUUAUUGUGAAUACUUUGUUUGGGAGCUUGUACAGAGGCACUAUUGUUCAGCAAGGCUCAAGAAACCGACAAGUGCUAGUGAAGACAUGGGAUUUUUACCGAACACAUUCUGGUGUUGGCAAUGCUUACUAUGCGGUGUAUCCUUCUACAUUCUAUGCUGAAAUGAAGCUACUUUUUCAAAAGGAGUUGGGAGGACAUGAUAAUUUCGUGAAUAUGAUUGGAUAUUGCCUCGAAAAGAAGCUUGCAGUAGUAUAUGACGGGAAAGCUAAUAAAGUCUUGUCUCAGUUGCUAAAGUCUGAUAACUUUGAUUGGGAUGAGCGAAUGAAGGUGGCACUUCAACUAGCAAAGUUUUUGGAGUGGUUGCAUGCAAAACACAUCAUACUUGGUGCUAUCUCUGCUGAUUCAAUUUUGGUAGAUGAGGUUGAAUAUAAUGUAGCAUUUUUUGAGUUGGGUCUCACCAGGUGUGUAUUGGACUCCAGAAAAGGAGAAGCUACAGGUGAUCUCAAAAUGUCUUAUGCUCAAUUUGCCGCUGCAGAAGAUGAAUCAGAUACAUGGACUUGUAAAUCAGACGUUUUUGCUUAUGGUUCUGUACUCUCCCUCCUGAUAAGGAAAGAGUAUUAUGGAAAUGGCAAUUAUAGUAGCGCAAGUGAAUUUGCAUUGCAGGACUUUAAAAACAAUCAUAUUCUUGUGAAUGGAGAUUUUCAGGUGAAUGAUGCGGAUGCAUAUAAAAUCACCGAGUUGACAUUGAAAUGUUUGGAGCUGGAUCCCAAUAAUCGAGUUGAUAUGGGUCAUGUUGUUUACGUCUUAGAGCAGUUGGCACUUGAUCACAUUGCCAAGAAACAGAAGUUGAACUAACGAAAGGCUGUUCUGGUUUUUAUUAAGUUAGCCCAUCAAACCUUUCUUUGGAGACAGAUUAUGGAUGACAAAUAUUAUGGCUCGUGAAAGUUGCAUGCAUAUGUUUUCAGCAUCACAUGUGAAGUGAAUUGUGUGUUAUACUUUAUUAAGUUAGCCCAUCAAAUGUUGCAGCCCAUCAAAUAUUAUGUUUUCAGAAAAUAUGCCUUUUAAAUUUGGUGGUAAAUUUUACAUCUCUAUUGUUAAUUGUCUUGUAUCUCAUAGAGGAUAAUUCUCGGUCAUCAUCUUUGAACUUGUACAGUAUCACCCUCAAUUUCUCUAAGGGUGUGUUUGGAUCCUCAUGACCUCAUACAAUAUUGAAUCCUAUUGUUUCUAUAGACUUAUCGCUCUUACAUAGCUUCUUUAGAUUUGUUCUGCAUAUAAACAGAAAUUCCCAAG